AUAAAAACAGUCUCCAUUUUGUUUAGCAGAGAGCACACCACUGGACUUCACUGUCACUGUCGCCACACAGCCACAAAUUAGCUUCCUCCAGGGACGCUGAAAGGUCGCUAGCCAGCAACAUGAGCGGCUGUCGUAUUUUCAUCGGCAGGCUGAACCCUUCAGCCCGGGAAAAAGACGUCGAGAGGUUUUUCAAAGGCUACGGCCGCAUCCGAGAUAUUGACCUGAAGCGAGGCUUUGGCUUUGUGGAAUUUGAUGACCCCAGGGAUGCUGAAGAUGCUGUGUAUGAGCUAGAUGGCAAAGAGCUUUGCAAUGAAAGGGUGACUAUUGAGCAUGCCCGUGUGCGUCUACGUGGCGGCCGAGGCAGAGGAGGUGGAGGAGGUCGGUUUCCUGAGCGCUAUGGCCGAGGCUCACAGGACGGUCGGAGUCGAAAUCCUCCUCCAAUGCGCACUGAGAACCGCCUGAUCGUGGAGAACCUGUCGUCUCGUGUCAGCUGGCAGGACCUGAAAGAUUUCAUGAGACAAGCUGGAGAGGUGACAUUCGCAGAUGCCCAUCGCCCCAAGCUCAAUGAAGGAGUGGUUGAGUUUGCUUCUUACAGCGAUCUGAAAAAUGCCCUUGAAAAACUGUCUGGAAAGGAAAUCAAUGGCAGGAAAAUCAAGCUCAUUGAGGCAGCUAAGAAGAGGUCAAGGAGUCGCUCCCGGUCUGACAGCUCCUCUCGUUCACGCUCCCGAUCUCGUGGUCACUCUCCAUCACGCUCCCCCAGGCGCUCUCGCUCCCGCAGCCCCACUAAGGGCCACAAUGUGUCCCGCUCUGCCACCAGCUCCCCACCAACCGGCUCCUCCCCUCCAGCCCUCAGAGGCAAGGAGCCAACCAAACGCUCCUCUAAGACCAGCAAGUCUGCCACCCCGCCCUCCCCUCCGCCUGCCCAGCGAGCAUCUGCCUCCCGCUCGCGUUCCCGUUCACGCUCCCGUUCCCGUUCGCCAUCUACCGACAGCCAACGCUAAAGCUGUAUUCACUUAGUAUGGGAAUUGAUGAUAGAAACAACUUUGCUUGCUCAGUAGAAACAAUGUUCCAGGUGUUGGUGCACUGGAUUUUUCAUUUUAUGCAUAAUACACACAGAGUAGGCAAUGAACAAGAUGAAUAUUAAUUAAAACACAUAAUUAUUUUAGAUCAUGUAAUUGUCUUAACAUUAAUUUCAUUGUAUUUCUGUUUAUUGGAAAAUUAUUUUGAACCUUCACUCCAAAUUCGGUUUCUAUCACCCAUUUCCAAAUCCUAAGUUACCAAGUUGCAUUUUCAGCCUGAAAGUUUUCAAGUAGGACGCUCGUAUCAACCAUUUUUCCCCCACAACAUUACUGCAGCAUUCGCGUGAAUGCACACACGGACACCCGUGUGUUUGUGUCAGUAUCGCUUAUUUUCAAAGAUAGUAUUAAGUUUUAAGAGGAAAACCCACCAAGGUGGCUUAAUAAAUGUUUUGAGAAAAAGCUCCAGUCCACUCUUACCUGAAAACAUCAGUAUGGUUAAAUAGAAGCACAUUGGCGCACACCCACAGGUCCGUAAUUCUUGUGCAGGUUAGACUUAGUGAGCUUGCACCAGUGAAGUGGUAAGUUUGUCUUGUUUUUUGCCUCUGUGCCCACUUUGUACAAGCAGACAGACUGAGGUUAUAAAAGGAGACUGAGUACUACGGUGCCAUCUUUGAAGCGCACCCAGGAAGUCGGAUAACCAACACUAGAUACUUUUUGAAUGACAAGCUGUCUGAUGUUCUUGAAUACGUAUUAUCUUUUGUUCUUCAUAUUAGACAGCCAUUCAAAUUGUAUGCAACAGACAUAAAAUUUGUUCUGAGGGACAUUAGUGCCGCAGAAAAACAAAAUUUUCACUCACCGAGGUUUGUACACGUGCCACGGCCGUUGCCAUGGUAACUCCACACAGUCAUAGUUGAGCUCUAGAGAUUUUUAAAAAAUGCAUACAUGCAGUUUUACCUCUCUCAGCUCCAUAGUGACAAGGAUGCGAGCAGUUUUCUUGUCUGUGUUUGGACUUGCAGUGUUGUCCUCGAGCUCUUGCCCACUACUUCUACGAUACACCGUAAAACAUCAAAGUUGUGCUGCUACGUGAACUCCAGAAUUGUGAUUGGCUGAUAGUGUGUCACGGGUUGAACAUGCUGCCACCUUUUGCAUUUCAUAAUUUCCCAUUGUAAACUGACUUAACUGCAGUCUCCAUUUAUAAUCACAGUGUCUCUGGGUACGAGUAAGUCUAACCGCUGCCUGCAGAUACGAGAGCAUGCCCUUACAAGACACACCCACACCACUUUAGGACACGCCUCCUGAGAGAGGAGCGUUAAGGUCCAGUAAUAUUGUGGUUCAGCAAAAUGGCCGUGCAGUGCUCCAGACAGUAGUGUCAGUACAAACUGAAUGGCACCUUGCAGUUUUGAUAUCAGUAGCUAGGCGUACACCUCCUCUUCCAUCACCUACUUAGACCUCACAUUUUUGCAGAGAUAUUUGUUUUUACAUUAUGGAACGGCUGGGGUGCUGUACACAAGUCAAGACCAAGCAGACCCAUCGAUGAUUUAUUCCUUUCUAAUCAAACCCUUUGUACAGCUCUGCCACCCCUGCUGCUAUAGCAUCUCUUUAACAAAAAUCUGUUGGUUAUGCCCAAGUGAGCUAAAAACAUCAGCUUGUGUGAAAACAGGGCCCAUACACCUGUUAGUCCGUUGACCUUUUAAAAACCUCAGAGGCUGUUUCUCAGCUGCAUAUGGAUUGUUGAAAAACCCUCAUCUUUUUCUUUCCUUUUUAGAAACCCUUGCCUACCUGUGCUAGAUAAGUCAACAGCAAAACAUUGGACCAUUGUAAUUCUAGCCUGAUUUCUAAUAUUCUCUGUGCUCCCCUCAGUUCUUUUCAAAAUUGUCCAAAAUUUUAUUUUUACUUGUUUGUUUGUUUGUUUUUCACUUAUUUGAUGGACCUGCCACAGAUGGUGUAUGAACUGUAUGGAUGCUUGUGUUGCUUUUAUUUUCUUGAGUAUUUUGACUUGGGCAGAUAAAUAAGUUCCAAGUUCAGAUGUGAACCACCAUCCUGACUGGUUGGCAGCUUCAACAUCAUAAACAGUUAUGUGAUGAUGCGCAUAGUUAUUGCUGUGUAAAGUUAAAACAGUUGUACAGUAAGAUAAGUAUGUUAGUUUUGUGUUGAUUUGGUAGACUUUUUUUUGCAGUGACUGUUAAAACCUUUUCGGGGGAAGGGAAGUACUAUUUUUGAGGAUAAGAUAAUGCUUGGUAGUUAAAAUUAAGGGGCUGAUGCCUACAUGAGGCAGUUUUUUCAGGGUUUUUUUUUUUCAGUUUUUUCAAAUUUUUUUUUUUUGGUUUGUUUUUUUUUUAGUGAAUGCUUUUCAGUUUUGGGGGUAUGGUGUACAGUAAUGUAACCUCUUUUUUAUUACAGUGUAUAAAUGUGAGUCCAAGAAGACUGUUGGUACUGUGACUAACGUUACUGUGGUCUAAAUGAGUAAGAACACCUAGACACGAGUUUGGAAAAUAAAACAUUUUUUACUCUUAAUGUAUAAUUUUGUUUUCAGUGAUAGAUCUGAUGGACAUUUGUAUGGUAUAUAAAAACUAUGGGCAUAACAAAUAAAAGCGUUUUAACAAAA